AUGUGUAGCAAUAUUGACUGUCGAGAACGUAUCAAAGAAUGGCUGUUGGCUCUGCCAAGCGACACACUCGACCUUGCAAUACCAACCGACGGCCUUGCUCUUCUGGCCGCCCUCAAAACAUCAAAGAAGCGAUCCCUUGAGGAGGCCCUCACCCCUCCGCCUUCCCUUCACGAGCCGUGCACCGCUCCUCCCUCCGUCUUCCGAAUGGCCGAUCCAACCGAGACGACAACUCCCAAGAAGCGUCGCCUCGUCGACUUGGACGCCACCCCCCGCGGCCCUGCCGACAUGCUCGCACCGGCCGACUCGGCAUCACAGACCGGCAGCAUCGCCACCACGUCCACAAGGACAUCCGCCUCCCGCAAAUCCUCCCCUACCAAGCAGCUCAUGUCGCUCGAGCUGGCCAACGACCCGCUUCACUUCGCCUCGCUCGACAUCUUGGAAAUCGACCCGUCCGCCGCUCCCGGCCUGAGGGACGUGUACCUCGACAUCACCGCUUUCGCAUCAGGGAUCAAUGUCAUCCCCAAGGACCACCGUGUAACAUAA